CAACAGAUUUUCACAGGAAUUGAAAUAUAAUAUAAACUGUUUAAUUUUUUUUACACAAACCGAUAUGCUAUCAAAUUAGAAUAUCCUGCAGUAAUAUUUGUCUAUCAUGGAGAUUGCCAGGGCAGUCUUUGGUACCAGAGAUAACGAAGGAUACAGCAGCAAGGCUACAGCUGCUGAAACAUUAUCUGAAGAUGAAGAUGAAGUUAUCAAAGUUUGUACUGGAGAUGGAAUCAGUGUCUCAGCUACACCAACACUGUCAAAUGAAACUGGCUUUGUUCCUACUCCUGGUGGACCUUUCUCAGCGCUUACUACUUCUAUGUGGCCACAAGAUAUUAUAGCCAAACUAGGGAACACACCAGAGGAUUCCCAUGGACAGCUCGAUUACAGAUAUGAUGAAUUCGGAUUCAAAGUCGAGGAAGAAGAUGGACCAGAAGAAAAUUCUAGUAUUUUGCUCAGUACACCAUUUGUUGAAGAUCCACAAUAUAGAUUGAAAUGGACAGCUUAUCUUGAAUUUACGCAUAAUAAUGAAGUUGGAGAUUUAACAUGGGAUAAGGUUGAACCCCGAUUACCUAGAUCUGAAAAAUUACGAGGUAUGGUCCGAAAUGGCAUUCCACAUUCUUUACGAAGUCAGAUUUGGAUGAGGUUAUCUGGUGCAUUAGAGAAAAAACUGAAUUCAGAAUUAAGCUAUAAAGAUGUCGUGAAAGCAAGUGCGAAUGAUCAUCUCAUGACAUCCAAACAGAUAGAAAAAGAUUUAUUAAGGACCAUGCCCAGCAAUGCAUGUUUUUGUAAUAUCAGCAGCACAGGAAUUCCCCGAUUAAGAAGAAUUCUGCGAGGUCUGGCUUGGUUAUAUCCUGAUAUAGGAUAUUGUCAGGGUACGGGUGUGAUAGCUGCAUCGUUAUUGUUAUUUAACGAAGAAGAAGAUGCUUAUUGGAUGAUGUGUGCUAUUAUAGAAGAUUUAUUACCAGCUUCCUAUUAUUCUAAUACAUUGAUUGGCAUUCAGGCAGAUCAAAGGGUAUUGAGACAAUUGAUAAUAAGUUAUCUACCUAAUGUGGAUUUAGUACUCAAAGAACAUGACAUAGAGCUCUCCCUAAUCAGCUUACAUUGGUUUUUAACACUGUUUGCCAGCGUGGUUCAUAUGAGAGUUUUGUUACGAUUGUGGGAUCUCUUCUUUUAUGAAGGAUCAGUGGUUAUUUUUCAAAUUACCAUGGGCAUGUUGAAAUUGAAGGAACAAGAAUUAGAAGGAUUAGAUAACUCUGCCCAGAUAUUUAAUGCACUAUCUGAUGUACCUGGUGAUGUAGAAGAUGUAGAAGAAUUAAUUGAGAUUGCUUUCCGAGUUGCUGGUUCACUGUCUGAUGUUGUUGUUGAUACUCACAGAAGAAAACAUUUGGCCUAUUUAAUGGCUGAUCAUGGGGCUUUAGUAAAUCCAGAAUCCUCCCGUAAUUUACCCAAACAGCAACUGAACAAAAGGCAUUUAAAAAGGUCGAGAUCAUCACUGUCUAUAUUAUUAUGGGGAAGUGAAGAUGAUGACUUUGGUAAAGCUAAAAAUAUUCAUCAAACAGAAAUACUGGUAGAUCUUCGUGAAGCUAUUCUACAAGUUGCUAGACAUUUUCAGUCUCUAGAUCCUAAAAAUAAUAAAGUGAUACUAACAGCAGAUUAUACAAUGGAUAGUCAUGCCAAAGAUCUAGAAAACUAUGUUAAUGUUGCUAGAACGAGACGAAGAAGAGCUAAGGCAUUGUUAGAUUUUGAAAGAAAUGAUGAUGAUGAAUUGGGUUUCAGAAAGAAUGAUAUCAUUACAAUUAUAUCUCAGAAAGAUGAACAUUGUUGGAUUGGUGAGUUGAAUGGUUUACGUGGUUGGUUUCCUGCUAAAUUUGUAGAUUUAUUAGAUGAAAGAAGUAAAAAUUAUUCUCAAGCUGGUGAUGAUUCUAUAACUGAAGCUAUAACAGAUCUUGUCCGAGGAACGUUAUGUCCUGCUAUAAAAGCUGUAUUUGAGCAUGGAUUAAAGAGAUCUAAUUUAUUAGGAAGUAACUGUCAUCCAUGGCUGUUUAUAGAAGAGGCAGCUACAAGAGAGGUAGAGAAAGAUUUUCAAAGUGUUUAUUCCAGAUUGGUAUUAUGUAAAACUUACAGGUUAGAUGAAGACGGUAAAGUUUUAACACCAGAAGAAGUUAUGUACAGGGCUGUUCAAGCGGUGAACAUAUCUCAUGAUGCUGUGCAUGCUCAGAUGGAUGUUAAAUUUCGAUCACUUAUUUGUGGUGGCCUCAAUGAACAAGUUCUACAUCUAUGGUUGGAAACAUUAUGUUCUUGUGUCGAAAUUGUUGAGAAAUGGUAUCAUCCAUGGUCUUUCAUUAGAAGUCCGGGUUGGGUGCAGAUUAAAUGUGAACUCAGAUUGAUGUCACAGUUUUCCUUUAAUUUAUCAAGAGACUGGGAACUUCCAAAACAGUCGGACACAUUCCGACCUUUCAGGGAUGGGGUGAAGGAUAUGUUAGUAAAACAUCAUCUGUUUAGUUGGGACCUUUAAUAUAAAUGUGUCUAUUACUCAUAUUAAGAGAGUAUUAUUAUGGUAUUAAUUACUAUAUAUAUAUUUUUUUUAAUCAUGGCAUUGUUGUGCAGUUAUCAGGGUUGCUUUUGAUACUAUGGCAUGUACUUUAUCAUAAAUACAAUAAGUUCAACAUUUAAAUCCAUGGUAAAAAAGGAGCUUCUUUUUUUAAUCUGUCCAACUUAAAAGCUGCCCUGAUUAAUAUACCGGUAACAGAUAUUCGGCAUACAUUACAUUAAAACUAUAUAUAUAACCAAUUUUUUUUAAUAUGGUAAUAUUCUGCUUCCAUGGUAAACAAUAUUUUGGUCUGAUGUAUCGUCUGUGUACAUGUUUAUUGUAUGUUCACAUAGUUCAUCAUUUAUAAUAGUUCUAACAAACUAUCAGACUGAUUUAUUUGCCUUUGGAACACUUGCCAUUUCAUCUUGAGAAACUUAUGAGUUUCCGAUUAUCUAUGUGUGUGUGUGUUUAAAUCAAUAUUGAUGCACAGUAUGACAUUGAAGCCUGAUACAUUUCUAUUAUUUUACUGAAAAGAUAUUGGAUUACAAUCUUAUUCUUACAGCCUAUUUAAGGUCAUGAAAUCUCUAUAAAGUAAUGGCUUGGUGUGAAAAUAAUUUUUAGUAAUUGAAAAUGGUAAAGUGAAAUUUGAUGGAUUAGGAGUAACAGAUGUUUUAUUUAAAGUAAUUUUGAUUGAAUAUGGCAGAUUAAGCUCUAAAUUACUAUUUGAGUAAGGGGGUUGGGUGGCCAAAUGGUAUAAGCGAUUCACUUUAGAUCAUAAGGUCUGUCAUUUAGUCAAGUGGUGUGGUUCUGAUUCCACACUUGUGUGUGACAAGGACUACAGAUAUAUAUUUAUUUGAUUAGCUAUUAUACUGUUUCCCUUUCACUUGGUAAGUUGAAUAUAUUCGAGUAUAAUUUAUACCAUUAUUUUGUGUAUAUAUAUAUAUUGUACCUAGUUAAAUUUAUUUUGUUAUGUUAUCAAUUGAUUAUAAUUAUGUAAUUUAUGAUUGAAUUAUUCAUUCAUCAUAGCAUGUUGAAUAUAUGUUAUUGUUAAAAAAUGUUCAUAGUCCAACAACAAGAUACAAGGUUGUGUUUUUUUAAGAACUAUUGUCAGAUUGUUAUUGGGUGUAUUUUAAAGUAUUAUCUACCUAGAAUUGGAUGACAUGAUUAUCUGAUAUAGGAUUAGAGUGAAUUUCUUUGGUUUGCUGAUGAGUUAAAUCAAGAUCGGAUCUAGUCUUCAAUUUUAAUAGAUUUAUACUUAAUGAAUGCUUUCUUUAAGGGCUAACAAUGUUUAUUGCAAAUCACUGUUGUUACCUUAAGUUGACAAAUCAGGAUUUGAAUAAUUUACAAAAACAACACACUCUUUCCGUACUUGGUAAAUUUAUAAAAAAAAAGAGCAGUUUCUAGCUUUGUAAGCCUCAGUCAAACAAUUAAAGAUAAUGCGACAUUAGCAUAUUUACUCUAAAAUAUUAUAAUCCAGUCAAAAGUUAUAAUCUAUAACAAUACUAGACCAGAAAGGCCUGUUAUGAACAACGAUUCUACGUAUAUAAAAAAAUUUUUUUUUAUAACUUAGGUAAUGAUUAGUACAGCCAGCAUGUUAACUGAAGUGCUUUGUCAAUCCACAUCAGCUUGUGUAUACCGUGAUAAGAUGUGUAGUCCCUUUGACACAAGCCAAUCAACAGAAUUAAGGCUGUAAUUAAAAUAAGUGUUUUAGCAGGUCUAACACAUAAACGGUUAAUAUAUGGUCAUCAUAAUUAUAUCAAAUAAUUUUAAUCAGAUUGGUAUGCAAUUGACUAAAGUGUUUAUAAUAAACACUGGCUUCAAGUACAUAAAACUUUCACAUGGUCAUUUGAUGUGCCCUGUGAAUAAGAUAAUGUUUAAUGCUGUUUUUGUAUUUUAUUUCUGUACUGUAAUACAGAAACACUGUAAUGUAAAAAAUAUUUUCUCUGAUGGUUAGCAAAUUCACAAAUCACAAAUGAAAAUGGUACUUAGCAAUCUGACAACAGUCAUAGAAGAAAACUCCUCUUGGACUGUUACUUCUGCCAUUAUAUUAUAUUAACUUUAUCAUUCUUGAUCUGUUUUAUUUUAUUUAUUUAACAAUAAUAUACUCUAACUAUGUGCAAUAACAGAUUUACUUUUGUUAUAAUUAUCUUGUUAACUAAUUUUACUUUAUUUAUUAACGUUAUUAACUACACAUAUACCAGCUAAAUAUCUCUCAUUUUUCUUUAUUUCUCAAAAUAAUAUUAUUUAUCCUUGUAUAGAAUCUGUAAAUGUUUAAUAUGAAAUCACUGUGAUAUAGAUAUGUGUUGUUAAUGGGUUGUAUUGAUAAUUGAAUUACUGUAAAACAAGACAUUUAUGCAAGUAGUUUUAAGUCAAGAUCUCAGUAAUUUUGUUAUGUUGUAGAAUAGAAAAUUGAAAAUAUUACAACCUGUGAUGUAUUGGAGUUUUUCAUCUUUGUCAUUUUAAGGCUAAAAUAGGAAUUAAAUUUUGCCGGGACUGUAAGCAUUUCUGCUACUCUUUACCGAAAUUCCAACUGUCACAGGUUCUUUCAUGUUCACACCAACGUGUACAUGUGUGGAAUUUGGUUUUUGUCUUAUCCGUGUGACAAGGUAACACUUUACUUGCCAGCCCCACAGACGCUACCUUGGACAAGUGGAAAUGUGGCUUGAAUUCUUGUUUUACAGUAUAGUAAUGCUUAUUGUUUAAUAUUAUAUAAUCCAGAAAAUAAAUAGGCCACUGUCAAAAAAAACAACAACCCAAAACAAAGAAGAAAAUUGGUAAAAUAUUAUAUUCAAAAGGAACCAAGCGAUACUUGUUUCCAGAUCGUUUUAAGUCGGUCACUGUUUUAGGUUACAUUAUUUUAUUUUUCAUUCAUUAAGUUUAAUAAGAUUACCAGCAAAUGGACUCAGUGCCUGGAAAGAGAUUUGGUGAUGCCAGGAGCCAACUCCUUGAGUGUAUGCCACCAAGACUAAGUACAGGGCCUUGUACUCUGAAAUUUGAGAAAGGAAGGCAUUUUAAAUAUGCUAUCACAGAUGAAAUAAAAAUUUUAUUCAAAUUAAGUAGGGCAAAGUUAACCGUGAUAAUUUGAAAGAAAAUUCAUAUAAUUUCACUCUUUGAUUGGAUACGCAGAGCUGUUGCCCCCUCUCUGCACGCUAGUAUAUGGAAUAUUAUUUUGACAGUGACUUAUUCACAUUUUCACCCUUACAAUGAAUCCCUUAUGCCCAAAUAGUAUAAGUAUAAUUACCCCAGUGGUUGUAUAUAUAAUAUUGGUUGUUAAUGUAUAUAGUUGUUGUUUGUAUAUAGUAUAAAUAUAUAAGUUAUAUAUCCAUCUGUGAUUGGACUAGUCACCAGUUUGUGAUGCAUUUAAAUGUCUGUCUCAAUCGCUGAUUGUAUAUAUUAUUAUAAAUGUAUGAUAAAUCUGGGUAAUUGUGUUAUCCAUUAAAAAAUAAAAAUAACAUAAUAUUUAAAA